GAAAAACGUUGUGCUCUUUCAGAUUGGUUCUUGGUACCCACAACUGCAGAGAGCCAGACAGUGAAAGACAGAUCAGGCUCAAGAAAAAGAAGAUCAGUCGACGACAAUGUCUUUCAAGUUGGCUGCAUGUGCAGUGGCCCUAGCAUGCCUGGUCUUGUCUGUCGAAGGAGUUAGCCUGGUCCAUGACACCACGUAUGGAGACAUAGCCCUGAUCAAGCUGACGGAACCCGCUGACCUCUCUUCGCCAAGAGUAAACACCGGCACGUACCAGACCACUUCCGACUGUCCAUCCGAGGGCCAGACCUGCAGAAUCAUCGGUUGGGGUGCGAGGAGCGAAGAACACUCGGACACGUCCGAGUUCCCCGUGGAGACGGAGGUGAACGUGAAGUCAGUGGAGGACUGUCAGGAGGCCUAUGAGCCCGUGAUGGCGGAGAUGGGGCUGCUGAACAUUGACGACACUAUGAUCUGUGCCGGGCGCUUUAGGGGCGGCCAUGACGCUUGUGACGGAGACUUCGGCAGCCCGCUGCUGUGUCGAUGUAUAAAUGACGGCCGGCUGCGGGACGUGGUGGUGGGUCUGGCCUCCACGGGGUACGGCUGUGGUAGACCAGAAUACCCAGGCAUAUACACCCGCGUUAGCUCUCACGCCUCCUGGAUCGAGGAAACCAUAGCGGACAACUGAACAGAUCUGGACCAUCCACUACCUUCUUGGGUCAUCCAGAACUCACAAGGGGCCGGUAGCUGAUUAUGCGAGGCCAGCAAAACAAAUGGGGCUAACCAAACGCAUUGAUUGUGCCAACAAAAUACAUUGAUUGGGCAAACCAAAUACAUUGGGCCAACUAUAAUAAACGUAAAAUCCCCAGCUUAUGUUCUGCUCCACAUGUCAUUUUUUGUUUAUCACAUUGACUGAAAUAAAGAUAUGUAUUUCAUCUGUAUAUUUACUUUUACAUUUUUGUGAUGCCAAAUGUUCCACAGAAAUAAAACGAAGAAUUC